CUUUUCCAAGCCACGUGUAGCCCGUCGAUUUACAGUUCCUGUGAGAACCCCGAUUUGACUCGACUGCCGAUAGCACCACCUACAUACUAGUACGCCGCCAGACAAUUACCUAGGAUGAGCAACUGUCCCGAAGAAUCAGUCCCUUCUCCGGGGGAGUGGCCUGUGGACCCGCAGGAGGACAUUCCUAUCUCAGAUGAUAGAAUUUGGGUCGAUGGAUGCUUUGACUUCAGCCACCACGGGCAUGCAGGAGCUAUGCUGCAAGCUCGUAGAUUGGGGAAAGCACUCUAUGUUGGGGUACAUUCCGAUGAAGCAAUUCUCGAGAAUAAAGGCCCUACAGUGAUGACUUUGGAAGAACGUGUAGCUGCAGUAGAAGCUUGCCGUUGGGCAACCCAGUGUAUUCCCCAUGCUCCAUACGUGACGUUUCUGCCGUGGGUCUCCCACUACGGUUGCAGAUAUGUCGUUCACGGAGAUGAUAUAACGUCGGAUAGUAACGGAGACGACUGCUAUCGGUUCGUCAAGGCCGCUGGGCGCUUCAAAGUAGUUAAACGAACCCCUGGCAUCUCUACUACUGAUCUGGUUGGCCGCAUGCUUCUAUGCACGAGAGGUCAUUUCGUCAAAAGCGUAAAGGAUACACUUGCCGGCGCGGAAGGGUCCGGUUGUGAGGAAGAACGUCAGCAGUCCGCUGCAUACCUUGCUCAGCAGAUCCGUGAUUAUGCCACAGAUGAGACUGGCCUGAACCCGGGGUCCAAAGUCUGGCUCUGGAGCGGGUCCAGCUCGGCCAAGCUCGACGAUAAAGUCGAAGAGCCUGGAUCAUUCGAGACACUCGUGGAUGGACGGUCGCCCAGACCAGGGCAGCGAGUCGUUUAUGUUGAUGGGGGGUUUGAUCUCUUCUCUUCUGGCCACAUUGAAUUCCUCAGACGGGUCUUUGCCCUCGAGGAGUCGCAAGGUCGCGAGCGCGGCUGGUAUGAUGCUGCGCAGAGAGAAAACAGAAUCAAGGCUUAUGGAGAGGACUACCCCCCAGCCUACAUUGUCGCUGGUAUACAUGACGACAAUGUAAUCAAUCACUGGAAAGGAUUCAACUAUCCUAUAAUGAACAUAUUCGAACGUGGGCUAUGCGUGCUUCAAUGUCGUUAUAUCCAUGCUGUUAUAUUCUCGGCACCCUUUUCCCCAAGUGCACCAUACCUGAAGACUAUGCCAUUGGGUGUCCCUGAUGUAGUCUACCAUGGCCCGACUACUUUCAUCCCGCUCACUUACGAUCCAUAUACAGCGCCCAGACAAAUGGGGAUUUUCAAAGAGACAGGCACCCACCCAUUUCAAAACGUCAAUGCUGGAGAGAUUGUCGGGAGAAUUCUCAAGAGUAGGGAGGCGUACGAAGCGAGACAACGCGCGAAGCUGCAAAAGGGCGCCGUGGAGGAAUCUGUGCGGUCGAAAGAACUUUCAGGGUAGGCGGGAGUUGAUUCAAAACGAGAUAUUGAGAGUAACAAUGUAACUAUUGUAUAUAAUUGGUGAUUGGUCAUAGCAUAGCUUAGGCACCAGCUGG